CGCACCCCCUCCCCCCCUCGGAGCGGUUUCCAGUCAGCCGCGCGCGGAUUGAGUCAAGUGAACCUACCGAGAGGUGGUGUUUGACCGUCCGCUGCAGGUUUUUCCCCCCCUCACAAAAACCUAAGCCGUUUAACUUUCGGAAGCAACUGACAGCAACGUAAAGAUAUUCCAUUUUUUUUUUAUCGGAAGCUUCGCGGGUGCCGGAGGUGAAGGUGACGCGGUGGAAAGUUAAAACGCAAAGAGUGAAAGCGCCAGGACUGGAACUGAAGGAUCAAAGCUAAUGCUAAGCUAACUAGCCGUUGCUAAAUAACUACACGAAAACUCGUGUCAUUUUACCCGUCGUUUGCUUUGUCAUAACCGCUGAUAUCACAACGUUUACAUUCGGGGGGUUAUUUCGAGCGCGUAUGCCACAUUCGCCUGAAUGAACAUGGUGUUUUGCUUAUAAAUCGUAGGCCACAAGCGACUUAGCAAGAUUAGCUACAAUCGCCGGUAUUGCUGAGGUGACACCGGCUUCUUCCGCUAACGACAGCGUUUCACUUGGGAUUGUCUUAAGUGUUUUAUUACUUGGGAUACUUUUGGUACUGUCCAAGCUGCGGGUUUCGCCAUGCUGAAACAACAGCAGCCCAACUCCGGCGGGAGAAAGGCGUCUAAUGGUACCACGGGCCCCACCGGUAUGUCUACUCCAGUCAGCGGUGGGAGCAGCGGCAACAGGACGCCGGCUGGGAGGAACCGACCUUCUGCCAAACCAUCAUUCCAGUCUUCUCCUGUUUUUGAAGGUGUUUACAAUAAUGCUAGAAUGCUUCAUUUCCUCACAUCUGUUGUGGGUUCCACUUGCGAUAUACGAGUGAAAAAUGGAAGUGUCUUUGAAGGCAUAUUCAAGACACUUAGUUCUCGGUGUGAGUUGGCUGUGGAUGCUGUGCACAAACGCAGCGAGGACGAUGGCUCAGUUCCACCACGUAGGGAAGACAUCACUGACACCAUGAUCUUCAACCCUUCGGACCUGGUUACUAUGAUAUGCAAAGACGUAGAUCUCAACUAUGCCACUAGAGAUACCUUCACCGACACCGCCAUCAGCUCCACUCGUGUCAAUGGGGAGCACAAAGAGAAGGUGUUGCAGAGAUGGGAGGGUGGAGAUAGCAAUGGCGAUAGUUAUAAUCUGGAUGCUGACACAUCAAAUGGUUGGGAUGCCAACGAGAUGUUCCGUUACAAUGAAGUGAAAUACGGAAUCACAUCAACAUAUGAUUCCAGUCUUUCCAUGUAUACUGUGCCCCUGGAAAGGGGCAACUCCGAAGUGUACCGUCAGCGAGAGGCACGCGCUGCUCGCCUGGCCAGCGAGAUUGAGUCCAGCCCGCAGUAUCGCCACCGAGCCAAUCUGGAAAACGACGAGGGCAAAAGCGAAGAAGACAAGUACAGCGCCGUGUUGCGCGACGGCCCCGAUCGAGAGAGGGGCCGUGAGAGCCCUCGCGAACGCGAAAGGGGCCGAGACAGCCCUGGAGCCAGGGAGGGCAAGUACAUUCCUUUACCUCAGCGUCAAAGAGAGAUGAACCGAGACCGGGAGCGAUCUGAGAGGGGCCCCGGUGGCCCUCCGCCUCACAGUCGUCUUAGUGGGGGUUACCGCUCCACCCCUCCAUCAUCAUCCUCAUCCCCCAGACCACCACUGCCUUCUGUAAGCGGUCCUCAGUCUGGUGCGUCCCCCUCAGAGAGAAGCAGCCCUCUAUCGGGCCGAGGCGGGGCAUACGCUCCCCACCACCCACAGGGAAGCCCUAGCCCGGGCCCCAGUUCUGGACCAGCCAGUCCCUACACACCCGCCUCUCCAGGGGUGGCCCCCAACUCUACAGCCUCCCUUUCUACCGCCCCAACCAGCCCUCCUGCCCCCCAUGGACAUUCAGUCCCACAUUCCCACUCACUGCCACACUCCCUGUCAGAUGUUUCUAGACCCGUCAAUGGAGUGUCUACCAGGACGUCUCCCAAAGCUCAAAGACCUCCACAGUCUAGCAGAACAGUCCGCACUCCCAACUCACACGCCCAGUCCACUGCCACUCGCUCGCCUAAAUCAGGCUCUUCCCAGGACACGCCUUAUUUGGACACGUCAUCCGUCUCCUCUCCUGGCCAGAAGACAACAGGCCCCGCCCCCCUCUUCCCAGUGGAUGUGAAUGAGAUCCUUAGCGCUGCAGCAAAAGAGCGCUCAGCUGAGAGCCCCAGCAGCACGGAGGAGAGCAAGAGCAAUAAAGCUCCUUCAGUUCAACAGAGGUCACAAAUUGAAGAGCUACGGAAAUUUGGCAAAGAAUUCAGGCUCCAGCCUAGUGGAGGCAGAUCCAGCUCUCCUAGUUCCCCCGCAGCGGCGACUCCCCCCGCGAUCAGCGAGUUGUCACCGGGCGGUGCCAUCAAACCUUCCGACUCUCACGCUGCUUCUGACCCCAAAGCACAGCCUGCCCCGCCCAGCCCUUCACAGCCUUCAUCGCUCGCAACCGACGAACCCUCCAAGGACGCCGCAGGACCUGCUUCAGACAGGCAGUCACCAGCUUACCCUCAGCCAGCAAGGACCCCGGGAAGUGAGGACGGCAGGUCUGACGCGGGCGAGCGCACAGAGGGUGUGGCAGACCAAGUGAAGAAAUCCACCUUAAACCCCAACGCUAAAGAAUUCAACCCAAUCAAACCUCAGAUGCCGAUGACAAAACCCAACACGGCGCCGACUCCACCCAGACCCACUCCUCCCAGCCCUGUGGUCCUUCAGCACCCGGGCGGGCAGGGUCCCCUCUACAACGCCCCCUACCUGUCUUACGUGUCGCAGAUCCACUCUGUCCAGACUCCACAAUUGUACCAGUACACCAUGUCUGCAGUAGGCCAGGGAAAAUUCACCAGGACCAAAGGUUCUGUAGUGGCGCAACGCUCCGACCACGGAGCGUCGGCCCCCCCUAUGCUUCAAGCUGCAGCCUCGGCAGCCGGCGCCCCCCUGGUUGCUUCGCCCUACCCUCAGUCCUACCUCCAGUACAACCCACAGCAGUAUGGUCAGCAGCAGGUCAUCCAGGCCAUGACACCUUACCCCGGACAGAUGCCCAUGUACUCCAUGCUGCAAGGCGGAGCGAGGAUGAUAGGUCAAGGUGGCGGUCCCCACCCACAAACACUUGGACCUCCAGGAGGCCCCCAGUUUCCUACACAGGGCGAUGGACCCCAGGGGCCACAGCAGGGCAUCUAUGCGCCACAGUCCUUCUCCCACCACUCGGGAGCAGUACAUCAACCCCAGCCAUCCAGUACCCCAACAGGCAACCAGCCCCCACCCCAGCAUGCUGCACCCAGUCCUGGACAGAAUGCUCAAUCAGGCCCACAGCCCCAGUCCUUGUACCACUCAGGUCCACUGUCUGCCCCCACCCCUCCUAACAUGCCGCCAGGCCAUACGUCUCCACAAGGCUCCUACCCCAUCCAAGGCUACAGCAUCCACAGCCACCAGGGAAUCCCACCCUCCUACCCCCUGGGACAGCUAGCACAGGCGCAUGUACAAGGAGCCAUGUCGGGUCCCCACCAUUCAGGGAGCCACGGUCAGCCCCAGCUGGUGAUGCUUCAACCUCCUCAACAGGGGCCUGGCUCAGUGCCCCAGCACCCACAGCAUGGACCACAGCAAGGAACACACCAACACUUUUACAUCGGACAUCCGCAAGCAAUGCAGGUCCAGACACACCCCGCCCCCUUCCAUCCACCUGGAAAUUAAGUUUUCCGGACCCGCCCUCCUAAAUAUGUUCCCAGGAAUGAGCGCCGAUAUCCCCACUGAAGUAACUGAACGUAUAUGACAGAAAAAGUGCAGCGGGGGGAGGACAAAGUCUCAUAGCACCUUAAUCUUCUUCUGCUGUUAUUGUUCAUCGGCCCAGAAGAAAAGGACCUUUUUAUAAGACAAGCGGAAAAAGACUGCAGAACAACAAUCCUUCACUUCUCUUCAACUUCUUUCUUUUCUCUGAGGCAUGAGGCACCUUGCCAACUUGGACCAGUCAAGAGGACAAAUCAGCGAGGGGGACACUGCUAGCAAAGUGUUUGUUGACAGAAAGACAGCUCUGAUGCAUGACCGGAGGGAUUUGAAAAGCAGAGUGGGGUUUUAACAAAUCACUUUUUUUAACUCGCCCCUGUAGUUAAAGAUCACCCUUCUUCUUCUCUUCUUUAGUCAAAUAAAAUAAAAAAAAUGGACAAGACAAAAAAACAUUAAAAACAUAAUGACCAAAAAAUAAA